AUGAAGUUCGCCACUGCCAUCUCUGUCCUCGCUGUCGCCGGCUCUGCCCUGGCCUCUGCCCUUCCCUCCACUGCCGGCCUCGAGAAGCGGGAUCCGGAUUGCAUUGCUCCUCUCCUCUGCUGCGGCACCCUCACCACUCCUCUCGACCCCACUGUUGACCCCAUCCUCGCGCUUUUGGGCGUCAACGCCGCUGAAGUCGUUGGUUCCAUCGGUCUUCUUUGCCAUGCCUACGAUGACGAGUGCACAUCCGAGCCCCAAUGCUGCACGGAGGCCAACCUCUUGGGAGGUACCGUUGCACUUGGCUGCAGCGCCCUGGACGACCAUCACCACUGA